AUGGACCUCGGUGCGUGGGGCGCUUGGGCCACGCUGCUCCUGGGGGCGCUGCAGAUGCUGGUGCUCGCGGGGGCCGCCCAGCCGCCGGAAUCUCCAAAUACAGAGAUUCCUGUGCCUCUGCACAACUCCAGUGGUAACCUAUCAGUGACUAUGCCUUCCAGCAAUACAAGCACAUCUAACAGCAGCAGCACCGUGAAACCAUUAACUCCAGUUUCCUUGGUCUCGAUCAACGUGACAGCUGUCAACAUGAAAUCUACUUCUAAAAUGGCAACAUCAGGAGUCUCAACCAAUACAACUCACACCACCUCAAAGUCUACAACUAAAGCAAUGAGUAUUUCACAAAAUAGAUCCCAGAUGUCAACACCCAUGAUGACCACAACCCACAGUAGUUUGGUGACACUGGUAACCACAACUAUUCAUUCUAAAGAAAAUAGAGGAUCAAAAUUUGAUACUGGCAGCUUUGUUGGUGGUAUUGUAUUGACACUGGGAGUUUUAUCUAUUCUUUACAUUGGAUGCAACAUGUAUUAUUCAAGAAGAGGCAUUCGGUAUAGAACCAUUGAUGAACAUGAUGCCAUCAUUUAAGGAAAUACAAGAACCAAGGAAAGAAGACUGAUGCAGCCCUAUAAUUUUGGUUUAUUAGUUUAAAACAAUGUUCUCUUAAAAGUAGUAUGAAC